AUGCCUCCGCCACCAGUGCCAAGCCACCGGAAGGCUCAAAGCCCGGCCGGAGUUGACGAGGCCCGGGCAAUCGCCACUCCUGCGAGAAGUCCCAUCGCGAAGCGAUCUGUCCUGGAGGUCUUGGAUGAGGAUCUGCCUCCGAAAAGACGUCGUUUGCACGGUAAGCAGCCGCCGCCGACGCCCAAUCCGUUUCAUGUUCCUUUGCCUGCAGGGGCAGACUCCAAGGGUAAGGGGAAGAAGCGGAGGAAGUGUAGGCCAACUUGCUGGACAGCUACCGGCUUCGUAUUGGACCCUGCGCGCCGGAAGCAGAUGAAGGCCUUCGGAGCCCGAGUGGUUGAUGAGUGGUCGUCCAAAGUGACCCACGUGGUAGCGAGGAGCUUCCGCAGGACCACCAAGCUGAUGUGCGCCGUGUGCGCGGGCAUCCGUGUUGUGUUGCCUUCCUACAUCGAUGCGUGCUUGGCAGCACGUGAUCUGGUGGAUGAUUCGCCGUUCCUGCUGAAGGACACGGAGAACGAGGCGAGCUUUGCGCAGAAGCAUGGCCUGCCACCGUUUUCGCUGCAGGCAUCCAUCGGUGCUGCUAGCUCCAAGAAGCUGCUCUCGGGCAGGUCGGUGUAUUGCUUCGGCAACCCUGCAGAGAGGCAGGAACUUCAGGCGUUGGUGGAGGCGGCUGGCGGGCGCUGGCUCAAGCGGAAGCCCCGUAAGGAUGGCGCUUUGCUUCUGGGCAAGGACUACGCCCUGGAGCUUCUGCGAGAAGCCGCGUGUACGCAGGUUCUCCGCCUCGACGCGCACAAGCUGUGA